GAACAGGAAGUUUAGUCUAUCGAAUGUGCAUGUGUAACAGCUUGUACAGAUCAAAACUUCCCUGUACAUUUUCUGAUAUCUUGUCAGUAAAAUAGGUUUGAUGCACGAAGAAAUUUGAAGCUCAAAUAUUGAAGAAGAUAUGUUUUGCUCUACACGCACUGGCAUGAUUAAAGUUACAGUGACAAGGAAGCUUGCUGAUUCAUUAAGAUAAAGAUGGAUCCAGUACAGUCUUUAAAAUCGUUUCCAUUGGAACUUCUUGGAAUUGCUUACAAUUUAAAUUUAUCAAAAGAAACCAAACACAUCAAAGAAAUCGAAUCGCUGUCAAGGAGGCUUAAGGCUGUAAGCAACACCAUAGCCAUUCGUUACAGCGCUCAAAAGAACGAGAUUGAGAGUUUAAAAUCAGAAUUGCAGAAAAUAAAGCAAGAGAAAAACAAACUAGCAACAAAAAUGUCUAUGAUACAAACUGAAAAUGGAAAACUUUUGUUUGCAAACAAUGCACUGAAAAGGAAAGUUGAGAAGCCUGACAAUGAAAUUAGUCAGAUGCAGACAGAGGUAGAGACAGCUAUGUCUCAGAAUUUGUUUACAUUACAGUGUGAAGACAUCUUUGAAGAUGACUUUCCUAGUGAUGCAGAAAAACAGAAUGAUGCAGGAAAUGAGAAUGAGGAUGUUCUUGAUCCAAAAACAAGAGAAACAAAGAGAGCUGCUGAAGGUGAUGAAAACCAAGAGAAGAAGAAAACAAAGACUGAGGAAAACUGAAUAAUUAUCCAUUGAUAAUUAUAAUUAGACAAACACUUAGUUCAGUAGUAAGUUAAUGAGCAAACACUAUGUGUUAAAGCAGUGUUAUACCAAAGAACAGUAAUUAUCCAAUAAUAAUUAUAAUAAUAGGACAAACACUUAGUUCAGUAGUAUGUUAAUGAGCAAACACUAUGUGUUAAAGCAGUGUUAUAACAAAGUACAACGUCUUACUCUUUUGUAAUGUUUUUUUUCCUUUUAUAAAUUACUUAUAACAUAGUUGAGGAAGAUUUCUGUGUGUGAACUGAAAAUCAAUUAUUAAUAGAAAGCAUUUCAUAUAUCA